AUGUUAUUAAGAGCAAUCAGAUCGUUCACAAACACAGCCUCCACUACCACCAACUUGCUAUUAAAGUCAUCGUCAACUAUAACAACAACAACAACAACACACUUGAUCAUUAAGAGAACAAUGAGCUCAUUGAAUACUACUGCCAGCGCCAACCUAUUCGUCCAACCUCAAUGGUUGAACGAGCACCUGAACAAUGUAAAGGUGAUCGACGCCUCGUGGUACAUGCCACACGAGAAUCACAACAUUCGCAAGGAGUUUGAGGAGGCCCACAUCCAAUCGGCCGUGCUCUUUGACAUUGACGAGGUCUGCGACAAGACCGUCAACCUGCCACACAACUUGCCCUCGGUCGACUUCUUCCAGCAGGAGGUCGGCGCUCGUCUGGGCAUCUCCAGCGACGACCACGUCGUCAUCUACGACACUCGUGGCACCUACGUCGCGUCGGCCCGUGCCUGGUGGACCUUCCUCACCUUUGGUCACAACCCAGACAAGCUGUCCAUCCUGUUUGGCGGUCUGCCCGCCUGGCAGCGUGCUGGCCUCCCAACCGUGCAGGGCAAGAUCGCCCCUGCCGCACAGCCCGCCACCUACAAGGCCACAUUCAACCCUUCCAUGGUCAAGACUCGCGCAGACCUCGAGAACAACAUGAACGACAAGAAGUACCAAGUGGUCGACGCUCGUGUCGCCGACCGCUUCUAUGGCCGCGUCGACGAGCCUCGCGCUGGUCUGCGUCGUGGACACAUUCCAGGCGCUCUCAACGUCCCAUGGGUGGAGAUUGUAAACAAUGCACAGGGUGGCUACCAGGACAAGGACAAGGUGUUGGCCCUGUUCAAGACCAACGGUAUUGAUGUCAACAAGCCCGUGCUCACCACCUGUGGCUCUGGCACCACUGCCGCCGUCCUCACUCUUGGACUGUACUCAUUCGGUUAUCCACUGGCACCAAUCUACGAUGGAUCAUGGUCUGAGUGGGGCCAGGUUGGCCUGGACACUCCAGUCGAGACUGAUGUUCCAAAGACCAAC